CGUCAAUAUCAUUGGCGAUCAAAUGACGCCGCUGCAUGGCGCAGCUUGCAAGGGUAAUCUAGACUCGAUAAAAAUUCUUAUCGCCAAUGGUGCAGUAGUUGAUAGGAGAACUCACAGGCAGAAUACACCAUUGCAUUUCGCAGCGUACUUCUGGCAUGCCGAAGUAGUUAAAUACCUUUUGGAACAAGGAGCUGAAGUUAACGCAACUGAUGGCAUAAACUGGACGCCACUUCAUUUUGCAGGUGAAGAGAGUUCUACUCAAAUCCCUUUCCGCAAUCCCAGAAACACGGACGCACGGGCGCAGGACUCUAAGCUGAAUACCAUGAAAGCUCUCAUUGAAUACGGAGCUGAUGUAAAUGCGAAGGGGAGCAACUAUGACGACACACCUUUGCACGUAGCUGUACGGAAUGGCGAUACAGCGUCUGCUAGAUGCCUCUUAGAGAAUGGUGCAUACUACGAUGCGAAGUACAAAUUUGCCAGCGGUAAUGUGACAGCUUCAGAGAUGGCUGCGACGAGAAGAAACGAAAAUGUAAAUACUUUACUGUGUGCUACCGAAAAGCUGUUUAAGGCUGUGAAAAGUGCGAAGUGUGCUGAAAUUGAGAAAUGUGUAAAAGAAGCACCAGUGAACAGCGGAAGCAUCAAGUAUGGAACACCGCUUAUGUAUGCAUGUUGGAAAGGACAUUCAGCUGUUGUUAAUGUUUUGCUUAAAAAUGGAGCCAGUAUUAACUUGAGCAACAGUAAUGGCAUUACACCUCUUCAUUAUGCAGCAAAAUUUGGCCAUCAUCAAAUAUUGUGCACCUUAUUGCAACAUGGUGCAGUAUACAAUGCAAGAACAAAAACAGGCAAAAAAACACCACUAAAUUUCGCUCAAGAAGAAGGUAAACAAGAAGUUACAGACACUCUAAAACUAAUUGAGCGAUUGUUUACCAGAAUUGGCAGAAAGGAUAACACAGUGCUGAAAGAGUUAAAUGGAUUAAAGAACAACAAAUAUGCUGAAUUUCUUGCCAUCAUAAACUGCAAAAAUGCAAAUAAGGAAACUCUGACACAAAUAGCUUCAAAAAAUGGGUAUGAGGAACUCUGUAAAUUGUUUUCUGACUUGUAACUGUUUACCAAUUCGUAUCUCUUAAUAGUUUGACAAGAAUAGUUGAGUUUUAUGGCAUGAUAUUGAUUUUUUGAGGCUUUGCACACUGUCAAGGUAUAUUUUUAGUGUUUUAAUCAGUAAAGUAGCAAUAAAAUGUUUCACUGAAGAUAAAAUUGCUUCAGUAAAAUGACUAUCUU